AUGUCGGAAUACAAGCUAUCCGCUUCUCUCGAAGGCCACAGCGAUGAUGUGCGCGCUGUGGCCUUUCCAAACACCAAAUCGAUCGUGACCGCCUCGCGAGAUGCUACCGUUCGUAUCUGGAAGCAAGUCUCUUCUCCACCGCCGACAUACGAUUAUACUAUUUCUUCUCAUGGAUCGUCCUUCGUCAAUGCCGUUGCAUACUAUCCUCCCACCAGCGAGUAUCCUGAAGGCCUCGUCUUUUCUGGUGGCCAAGACACCAUAAUAGAAGCUCGACAGCCAUCGAAAGCUUCUGAUGAUAAUGCAGAUGCCAUGCUAUUGGGCCAUGGUCACAACGUUUGUUCAAUAGAUGUCUGCCCUGAAGGAGGAUGGGUGGUCAGCGGAAGCUGGGAUUCAUCGGCCAGGCUGUGGCGGAUAGGCAACUGGGAGACUGAUGUUGUCUUUGAUGGCCACCAAGGGAGCGUAUGGGCUGUUCUAGCCUAUGACAAGAACACUGUUAUUACAGGUUGUGCUGAUCGCAUGAUACGAAUUUUCAACACGUCUGGAAAACUGUUGAAAACAAUCAAAGACUCUCGAGACGUAGUGCGAGCUCUAUGCAGACUACCCGCCGGUCACCCUUCCGGUGCCCAGUUCGCCUCCGCCGGCAACGACGGAAUCGCGCGGCUUUUUACUCUGAACGGAGAUAUUAUCGGAGAGCUUCAUGGCCAUGAGAGCUUCAUCUACUCAAUAGCAGCGAUACCCUCCGGCGAACUCGUGACAUCGGGCGAAGAUCGUACUGUCAGGAUAUGGAGAGGAAACCAAUGUGUUCAGACAAUCACACAUCCCGCAAUAUCUGUGUGGAGCGUUGCUGUGUGUAAGGAGACAGGGGAUAUUGUCACAGGUGCAAGCGAUCGUGUCGCUAGGAUAUUCACCAAAGACACGAGCCGGCAGGCUGAUCCCAUGGUUAUCCAACAAUUCGAAAGCGCUGUGAAGGAGUCUGCGAUCCCACAACAGCAAGUGGGUGACAUCAACAAGGAGAAGCUGCCAGGACCAGAGUUUCUCAAACAAAAAUCCGGCACCAAAGACGGUCAGGUACAGAUGAUCAAGGAAGACAACGGCAGCGUUACUGCUCAUACUUGGUCCUCUGCAACACAGGAAUGGAUCGCGGUUGGUACAGUUGUCGACUCGGCAGGUAGCUCCGGAAGAAAGACUGAAUACCUUGGACAAGAUUAUGACUAUGUUUUUGAUGUAGACAUUGAGGAUGGCAAGCCACCUUUGAAGCUGCCGUACAACUUGUCCCAGAAUCCGUACGAGGCUGCUACGAAGUUCAUAAAUGAUAAUGAGCUACCAAUUGGGUACCUGGACCAAGUAGCCAAUUUCAUAACCCAGAACACACAGGGCGCCACCAUCGGUCAGACAGCAGACACACAGCAAGCAGCACCCGGCUCCGAUCCUUGGGGUCAAGAGAGGCGAUAUCGUCCAGGCGAAGCCGCUGCGCCACACCCCCCAUCGAUACCAGAAACGCGUCAAAAUGUGCUUCCCCAGAAGAGCUACCUCUCUAUAAAGACAGCGAAUAUCAAAGUGAUCGUGAAGAAGUUGACGGAACUGAACGAACAGCUUGUCUCUUCAGGAAACAAGGAACAUUCCUACAAUCCGCCCGAAUUAGAUGCGCUCUUGAGAUUCUGCAAUUACCUAGAGAAUACAGCUUCGUUUCCCAAGGAUCCCGCUGACAUCGAGACCGGUAUUCAGUUGGUUAUGAAAGCGGCACUCAAAUGGCCACCUGCAAAUCGACUUCCUGGCCUCGACUUACUCCGACUUCUAGCAGCGGCAACCCCUGUGACUGCUCAAAUUCGAUUUGACGGACAGGACAUUAUCGACGCGGUUCAGCAAAGCGGAACGUUUCAGAGCCCCAUCAGUGUCAAUAAUGCCAUGCUUGCCAUCCGAUUCUUUGCGAACCUCUUUGAUACUCCUUUAGGCGGCGAUCUUGCUGCAUCGAAGUUUGAUAACAUUCUUCGGAUGGUGUCAUCAGCUACCACAGCAGUCGGCGCACCUUCGAAUCGGAACGUUACGAUUGCUGCUACGACCUUAUACAUCAACUAUGCUGUCUAUUUCACUGCACAAGGACGGGCCCAAAGCGCAGAAUCUGCCGAGGGUGCUCUUCAGAUUAUUGAAGAGCUCUCCAAGAUCUUCACUACUGAAAAGGACUCGGAAGCAGUCUAUCGCGGUCUGGUAGCGCUGGGAACCCUUGUCAUCGCAUCUGGCGAGGAAGUGAAGAGUGCUGCAAAGGAAAUCUAUGAGCUUGAGAAGAUCUUAAGCAAGGUAUCAACUUCUAGUGCUGGCCGUGAACCUCGUGUGAAGGGUGUUAUUGGAGAAAUUCGGGAUGCCUUGCGAUAG